CUCUUUGUUCCUGCACAAGAGUUGAUGAAGUGGAACAAUAAAAACACAGAGAAAUCAGACCACAACACUACGAAGAUCGAGGAGAGGAGAGAAAGGAGGGUAAACAUUUGCUCACCUGGUUACUCGCGGACUAUUGUGAAGGGUGAAGCUUGAAAACCUCAAUCUGAAGCCAGGAUUGACAAGAAAGGUUGAGAGCAGGGCAAGAAGAAAGACAAGAACGAGUACUUUUGUUUUAUUUAUGCGAGACAAGAUGACGGUCAACGAAUUCAGUGUUGCUGACUACAUCGUCUUUGCGUGCAUGUUGUUGAUUUCAAGCGCUAUUGGCGUCUACCAUGCAUACGGUGGAAAACAAUCUACCACAAAAGAGUAUCUUAUGGCUGGCAAAGGAAUGGGAUGUUUCCCGAUUUUCGUGUCACUACUUGCAUCUUAUUUGUCAGCCAUAACUUUGCUUGGUGUCCCUUCCGAGAUUUACACAUACGGUGUACAAUACUGUGUUCUCCUUUUGUCCUACUUCAUCUUAUGCACUGUUGCUGCCGUCAUCUACGCCCCAAUAUUUUACCGUCUCGAUAUCACUAGCGCACAUGAGUACCUUGAAAUGCGUUUCUCUCCUGGCGUACGAUCAUUAGGGUGUUUCCUAUUCAUGCUACAAUACUUGCUGUAUUUGUCAGUCGUACUUUACGCACCAAGUCUUGCGUUGGAGGCAGUGGCUGGAGUACCUCUCACUGCAACAAUUAUCACAACUGGUCUUGUUUGUAACUUUUACACCACACUGGGUGGGAUGAAAGCUGUGAUUUGGACCGAUGUAUUCCAAGCUGGUGUAAUGUUACUUGGCUUGAUUGUUGUACUGAUUGUCGGGACAAUGGAAGUCGGCGGUUUCGGGACAGUCUUCGAUCGCGCUGAGAAAGGCCAGCGACUCAAGGUAUUCGAUUUCAAUCCCGAUCCGAGAGUCAGGAACACAUUCUGGACCCUUUCAAUUGGUGGAGCAUUUACAGCUAUGCCAGUGUGGACUGUUAGUCAGACAGCUGUUCAGAGAUUCUUAUCUGCUAAAUCACUGAGAACAGCUCAAAGGUCUCUCUAUUUGUGUAUCCUUGGCUUGGUUGUCAUAGUUACUCUUUGCGUCAUGGAUGGCCUAGUUAUCUACGCCAACUACAACAAAUGUGAUUUAAAAAAAGACGGCAGAAUAACCAGCAACGAUCAGGUUUUGCCCUAUUUUAUCAUCGACCAUCUUGGCGCUUGGAAAGGCAUUCCUGGUUUGUUUACGUCUUGCCUCUUCAGUGGAGCUUUGAGCACUGCAUCAUCUGGACUUAAUUCAAUUGCUGCUGUUACCUUAGAAGAUAUCGUGAAAAGAGUGCAUCCUGGACUGUCUGAUGCAUGGUCAACCAGAAUUUCAAAAAUUAUAGCGUGCACUUUUGGUAUGAUCAUUAUUGGUGGGGCAUUUUUGGUUUCCUUUGUCGGAACAAUGGUUCUACAGCUUGCUUACAGUAUUUUUGGAAUCGUUGGUGGACCAUGUCUUGGAAUCUUUGCACUUGGAAUGCUGGUUCCAUCAGCCACGUGGAAAGGAGCUUAUUGUGGAGCAUUUGUUGGAGUGACUACAACGCUUUGGCUGGCAAUCGGAGCUCAGGUCUACCCACCGAAUAAAUUUCACGCCCCAGUAUCAGUGGAACAGUGCCCAAGGUUUUUGGUGAAUCAAACAUACGUGUACCCAGCCAAUUUCACUAAGGUUUUCUACAACAAGUUCACGCCACACGACACCAACCUAGCCAGUUUCUACAGCAUCUCCUAUCUGUGGUACGCAGCUAUCGGAGUCACGUUUACGUUUGUCGCGGGUGUCAUCUUCAGCUGGGUGUUCGGUCCCGGUAACCCAGACGAUGUCGACCCCAAGCUUCUCUUUGAUUACAAAGGGUUUUUCUGGUCAAUUCUGCCACGAAAAUUUCGCCCAGCAAGGUACAACUUUAGGCAGAGCUCAGAAGACUUUGAAGCUGAAAUGAAGUCACCUUCUGGAGGGAUUGUUUUGGUAACGCUUACGGAUAAAGAAGAUGCAAAGGUGAAGGAAGCUGAAAAGGAAAGAAAGUUAUCGAAAAAAGACGAGCCUGGUAUCAUAAACCACGAACGCUUUGAGUAACAUCUAUCGACGAAGCGAUGGUAACUUCUUCAUAAGGUUCGCUGUACUCUCGUAACCUUGCUAGCAAGGACUUCGUGCUUUACAAAUACUGGUUGUUUUUACUGCAGCAAAAUGCUGCUCACUUUAUUGAUAUCAUCAUGAUUUGCAUUUUGGUUUCAAUUUUGGUUAGGUUCAAUCAUAAUAGUUGUCAAUCAAAAAAUAACAUAGAUAGCAUAGCAAUUUGCCCAUGAUUUCUUGUGUAUAGCCAUAGGUCCGGUGGAGUUCUAUUAUCAACAGCUAGCAUGCCGUAAUAUUAACUCAUUGACAUUCUACAACUGAACGAUCUUUUCAGUGAAAGCAGAAAGCAGGAUUCAACCCUGAAGAUUUCCUUCAAAUCACUUCCCUUUCACCCCUUACUGUAAGUAUUUUUUAUUUAGCAAAUUUCCCGUAUGAAAACUCUUUCACACCUUAAAAGACAAUAAAAGAACAUUUUUAGCAUAAAAAACCACCUGUUAGGCACCCUAAACGUCUACACAUUUUAUUAGCUAAAUCGUAUAGAUUUUGAUAUUUUGAACAAUCCCUGCCCUUUCAAUUCUCCCACAUAAAGGUUGCUAAGUUCAAAUAUUUUAUCAAUUAAGUAGAAAACUUAGCACGUGGGGUUUGGGAUGAUGUCUCGCAGCUAUAACUUGAAGAGGUUAUCAAAUACCGUAGUUUGGUGUUGUUCUAGUAUUACAGUCAAAAUGAUUUAGUGACGCUUUAAGUGCACAUUUAUGAGGCCUUCGUCAAAGAUCGUGAAAGUUUUGAAGGACAUGGAACGUUGCAUAUUUAGGCUCGCGAGUAUAUCUUUUUAAAGGUAAGAUUCGUAUACUACUGAUACUGUUUGCCUAUAUAGCAAUAGACUAACCUUGAUUCAAUGAAUGGCAAAAUAUGACCAUAUAUUCUGUCUAGCAUUAUUCUGACUACCCAUGCCAUUGAACCCACACUUUCAUGUCAUUAUUGUGGACAUUUUAUCAAUUUCACAUUGAAAUGCUGUCUCUAUUCUUAAACGAUUUCACACCGUUUUAAGCUUUAUUCAAAUCCCCUCGCACAUAUUCAACUCUCCACUUAUUCAAGAUCUGAAAAUCUUUAGCUCACACCUUGACAUAUCUUAAUGGCUACCCAGAGUUCUAUUUUCAAUUUUAAUCGAGUUUUUAGAUAUGAUAAAGCAUCUUAUUGAACUUUAAUCUUGUCUGUUGUGUAGAGCAUUAUACUUAUAUUAAACAUAAGUUUCGUUUUAUAGCUAUAUAAAUAAUUGAAGAAAAUAUCGAGAAGUACUUAGGGGGUGUUUAAGAUGCUGCAAUACCUCUUCUGUUUAUCACCAAACCAUCCUAUGUUAGGUAGAUUGCACCUUAAAAGAGAAAUUCAUUGACACAUGCUGGCAUUACCUGAUAUAAUUCCCUUACCAGAUAUAAUUGUGAAGCUUGUAACUGUCACGAUUUGGUAAAAAUGCUUGUUGUUGUACAUAUGAUAUUAAGGACAAACUAAGCUAGUAAUCGCAAAAUAAAUGCGAAGAUUCUUGUGGGAUGAAAGAAAACUGGCGAUUUAAAGACAUGGCAAGAUAAAAGUCUUCCGUGGAGCAAAUGUAUUAUAUUUGCCUUCCCUUCAACAUGGAGUCAAGAGUUUUUCGAUAAGCUACUUGGGGUGGUGAUUAACUCAGCUUAACCUCACGAUAGGCGCCAUUUGGUAACACCCUAUGCUCCUAACAAGGUUUUAGAAUGUUCCUUUUUAUGCACUUUCUACUAUCAAGUGCAUUCAACGACCUUUAUUGUAGAAACAACUGUAAGGAUCUAAGACUUUUAUUGAAAGGCAAUAGGAUCGAUUUUGCUUUAGGUAGCACUUAUUAGGAUUUGGUAUCAAAGAAUGCAUAAGCAACCGUCUUUGAGCAGCUUUUUGUGAAUUGAAAACUAAGCUGAUUAUAUUUGUGUGGCCUUCAUAUUGUUAAGGUUCCGAAAUCGCCCCAUUCUGAAACUCUCCAACCGACUCCUUCUGCUUUCUAGAUAGGCCUUUCCUUCUUCACAUUGUUUGGGGCUGCAAGACUUCAAAUACUGGUGAUUUAACACUACGCUCUUGAGAUAUAUUAGAUUGAAAUAUACUUAUGUAAACGGCGUGACGUCACACGUCCUACCAUUCUUCUGAGCACAUGACUGAUUUGAUUUAAAUAGAAUUUGAUUUUAAUUACAAAUUGCGCCAUGGCGUUACUUUGUUUUGUAUUCUAUAUAGCUUAUUAGUAAUGAAGCUGAUAUUCUAAGAGUUAUUAACGUGAUCUAAUAUUCUAUCUGUGGAAUCGUUGUGGGUAUAAUUAUGAAUUGAGCAUUUUUAUUGCUUUUUAGAUAGUAGUUAAGAA